AUGAAAUUUAUCUUCUAUUUGGGUGUCCUUGCUGGGACAGUUUUCUCUGCUCACUCGUCUGUGCAGAAAGAGGACCAUGCUCCGUAUCUGGUAUACCUCAAGUCUCACUUCAACCCCUGCGUGGGUGUCCUCAUCAAAAACAACUGGGUGCUGGCCCCAGCUCACUGCUACUUACCAAACCUGAAAGUGCUGCUGGGAAAUUUCAGGAUCAGAGUCAGAGAUGGCACAGAACAGGCAAUUAACCCCAUCCAGAUUAUCCGCUACUGGAACUUCAGCCACAGCAACCCCCAGGAUGACCUCAUGCUCAUUAAGCUGGAGAAACCUGCCAGACUCAACAACAAAGUCCAGCCCCUUCCCCUUGCCACCAGCAGUGUCCGGCCAGGCACCGUGUGCCUGCUCUCAGGUUUGGACUGGAGCCAAGACAACAACGGCAGACACCCUGAUUUAAGGCAGAACCUGGAGGCCCCUGUGAUGUCUGAUAAAGAGUGCCAGAACACCGAACAAGGAAAAAGCCACCGGAACUCCUUAUGUGUCAAAUUUGUGAAAGUCUUCAGCCGAAUUUUUGGGGAGGUGGCCGUCGCUACCGUGAUCUGCAAAAACAAACUCCAGGGGAUCGAGGUAGGACACUUCAUGGGAGGAGAUGUCGGAAUCUACACUAAUGUUCACAAAUACGUAUCCUGGAUUGAGAGCAUCACUAAAGAAAAAUGA